AUGAAAACCAUGAAGCAGGACUCUCUGGUUCGGCACAGAAUCCCAGUGGCUCCAAAAACACCAGCUCCGGAGUUUGCAAAUAGAGAAAAGGGGGAGGAAGGGGAGGGGAGGGGGAGGGGAGGGGGAGGAAGGGGGAGGAAGGGGGGGGGGGGGGAGUUGAGGGGGGAGGAACGGUACGGGGAGCGAUUCGGGAGUGUGGGUGGGCGAGGAGCACAAAAGGUGGAGAGGGAGGGAGGAGAGGGGGGGGGGGGGGGGGGGGGGGGGGGGAGGGGGGGGGGGGGGGGGGGGGGGGGGGGGGGGGGGGAGAAUUCUGUUUUUUUUGGUCCCACCGUAACACAACCUAGUGCACCCUCCCAAACUCUUCCCCUCUCUCUUCUCCCUCCUCCUUCUCUGCGUUGCUCCACAUCGGCGUCCUUACAAAAUCAAAGUCUCGUGGUCUCCCUUCACUUCUCUUCUUCCGCCUGGAGCAUCUACCGCCACCCGGCCAUACGCUCACCCUAUAAUAUAUCCCCUUCUCCCCCCGCCCUACCUCCGCCCCAUCUUCUCACCCAAUCCUCUUCUCCACCUGGUCUUCCCCUCCCCGUCGUUGGUCCUCCGAACGACAAGCAGCAUAAUCUCUCAAUCCCCACUAAACAAAACCCCCCCAAGAGAUCUCUACCUCGCUGGAGUAAUUCGUUCCAUCCGGCGCUCCUCCUCAUUUGUCGUCGUUUCUCCUACCUCUCCUCAGCCGCUACACUUCGCCCCUCUUCUCGCUCAACAGCCCGCUCCCCCUCUUCUCAACGCCACAUCCUCAGAAAUGCUCCCCCGGCUCUCCCCCGCACUGCUGGCUUUCUCUCCCCUCCCCCGCCCACUCCACUUCAACCUCCAGCCUCCCCCCCCCAACUGAUCUCUCUUCCAAGCCACCCGCUCCCUAGCAUCCGCCUCUCCACCCGCCUCUCGCCACCCGUCGUGCCGGUAUUCCUUCAGCUCUCUACACUCUCCUCACCAGCAUUAUCUGUAUUCAUCGCGCCCCCGCAUACCCCCGCGGCUAGUCGCCAAAACACCCCGGACUCCCCUCCGCGCACUCUCUCCAAUCUUGCCCACACCCGCCAAUCUCCCAAAACCGCUCCACCCUACCCCUCUGCUCCCAACCCCAACCUCUCAGCCAACGACGAUCCGACACCCCCCACUAUCCUACGGGUAACCCUAGCCCUCCCCACCCCGCUCGCAACUAAUACCCGCGCGCAAGCUUCUGCCUCCACCCGAACCCCCCUCUCUCAUGCCCCACACCCCCCUCUCCACCCCCCAACCCACUCCACCCCGUUCGGCCUUUCUCUCCCCCCCGCCCGACAGCCCCCACCACCGAGUCUCCACCCGCAUCUCGAACCCUACCCCCCAGCUCGCCCACCAUCCUCCACCAACCGGCCCUCCCCACCGACAAUUGUUCCUCAUACCCACUCUCCCUCCGUUCCCACAACCACAUCACUCCAAUCCCCCCGAACCCGCCUCAAACCCCUAAGAGAAGAAAAGGGAGAAGGGAGAGAGGCGGGGGGAAGAGGGGGAGGGAAAACAAGGGCAAGAAGAAAGCGAGGGGGGCAAAGCUGCGCGCGCGACGGGGGGGGGCUGGCGGCGAAGGGGGGGGAAGAAGAGAACCCGGAGUCGGUGGGGGAGGGGGGAGGGGGCGUAGGGGCGGGGGGGGGGGGGGUGGGGGGGUGGGGGAGGAGGCGGGGCAGGCGGAGGAGAGGAGGGAAGAGGGGGAAGUUAGGCAGGCAGGGGCUUGGUGCCGAGCUGGCGCCGCGGGCGCGGGCUAUGCUCCCCGCUUGUGGUUCACUUAUAGCCUGCGCUAUCGUGGGAUCUGAGGACGGCGAAAAGUCCCGGCAUGAAGUGGUUCUGCACCUGUAUGGUGAGGCGGGCGCAAGGUCCAGCAGGGGCACGGGGCUAGGGGGGUGGGAGGGGGUGAGGGUCUGGCGCGGGAUGGGAAGCGGGGUUGGGGGCGAGGCUGAGCAAGCACAGGAGACUGCGUGGCGGCCGCGCCGACGAGCCGGUUCCCACAGAGCUGCGUCCGGGCGAGUCGUGCAGGACAACACCGCACCGGACCCCACCUCCUGCCACCGACCGCCCCCACCCACCACGGUGCGCUGCGGCAACCCCCCGGUCCCAGGCAGGGUCGCUCCGGUGGCUGCCGAGCGAGGCGCGGUGGGCGCCACACUACCGGUGCCGCGCAACCCCCCGCGGCCCCGCCGGGACUACCUGGAGGCGUCGCGUCAUUGGUGUGGUGUUCUCUCGUGGUACGCGUCCCUGCCCGCGCCCCCGCGCUCGCCCCUUUGCCCUUGGCGCUUUACCGGGUGCAUAGUGGGGUAG